GUAAGUGGGUUAGAUGGAGAAUCAAGAGUCAGAAAAAGCUUCAUCUAGGAGAUAGCUGCCUUCAAUAAACUUACAGGCUAGGAAGAAGAUAAGACAAGUAGACUCUCAGGUAUUAGAAGUCUGAUGCUACAAGUAUGUAUAGGAGAGAGAUAAUAAAAUAGAGGGUCACUUUUAGCUAGAGCAGGAAAGGUAAGAAUUAGGAAAAAGGCUUCAUAGGAGAAAAAAUUUAAUAAGACUGAGUUUAGAGGGCCCCGUUCUACAAACAUGGAAGAAAGCAAUGAGCAGAAAUGUAGAAAGGUGGGCAACAUCAGGAAAUAUCCAGUGGUCCAGUUUUGUGGGACCAGAGAUACAGAAAUAGCAUUAAUGAAAAAUAAGUUUGGAAAGGUACAGUGGAAUGCUAAAAUAAGGUAUCUGUAUUUAAUCCUGUAAGUAACAAAAGCAUUUGCCAGUGCUGAAGUCUUUCUGGUGAAAGACCAGCUCUAGAGCUACCCUUGCAAAAGUGUCAUAAUUUCUUCUCUUGAGACGUUCCCUGGUUUAAUCCUCCUUGAUCAUUAGUGACGACCAUAGGAAUAACUUUGUUAUUCAAGAAAGGGCAAAAGGGUCCGUAACGACAUCUCCUAAAUGGGGAGAAGUUUUAUUUGCAGAGAUGCUGAGUCGAAGAAAAGGAUGCUAAAGCUAUUAGUCGGGGCAGGCAGGCAGCUAUUGGUGAUCUUUGCUAGGGACCAGUUUCCUUCUGCAGUGUCCAUGCUACAAAUUUAAUUCCUGGCUGGAGACUAAGGUCCUGGAUCUAACCCCGGAAUGCCUGAGGCAUAAAUGACAUAAAUGAAUAAAUGACAAAAAAAAAGGAAUCAUCGAAUGUUAGAAUUAGAAAGAGCCUCAGAAGCCAUCUAGUCAACCCCGGACCCGAAUAGAUUUCUCCGCUUUGACACAUCCGAGGAAAACGAACUUCUUCUCAGGUUGGCGGGUACAUUUCCGGGCUAGUAUUUAACUCAUCGCCAUCCAGAUUCCCUUCUCCCCGCCAGUAACGCAAAAGCGCCCUCGGCUCUCCAGCAAGCGCACCAGGACCCAGGCAGGUGCAGAGUCCGCGAGGAAGGGAGGGAGGGAAGAAGGAGGGGGAAGGAGCCCGGUGUUGGUUGGGGGAAGGGGGCGUGGGGAGAGUGCGUACUGGGGUUGCGUUGCGCGGCCCCGAGCGCUAGCUGUUCUCAUCUCUGCCUGCACGUCCCCGCUCCGCAGCUUCUCUUUACCCUGAGUUCCGCUCUCCCCAAACCCGGGCGCUUACUCGCCUGUUUGCUGCCGCUGCUGCUGCUGCCGCUGCCGCUGCUACUGCCACUGCCGUCUGGGCCAUGACCAGCUGCUUGCAGUUGCAGAACUGCCGGGCCCUUCGACUGGCCUGGCCGCCUCCCGGAGCCAAUGCCCGCCCCCGCCCCCGCUGCCCUCUCCCGCCUCUGCCUGCUGCUGGGCCCUUGCCCGGGCCCGGCCCCCACCCGCUUCGAGGCUACAGCCGGGGUCCUGCUGGGCUUUCCCAGGCCUUGUUACGCACCGACGCCUUUGUGGGGGGCCGCUGGCUGCCCGCCGCCGCAGGCACCUUCCCAGUGCAGGACCCUGCCAGCGGCACCCAGAUAGGGCAGGUGGCGGACUGCGGGGCGGUCGAGGCCCGGGGGGCCGUGAGCGCUGCCCAUCAGGCGUUCUCCAGCUGGAGGGGGGUCUCUGCCAAGGAAAGGAGUUCAUUACUUCGCAAAUGGUAUGAUCUGAUGAUAAAGAACAAAGAUGACCUUGCCAAGAUAAUCACAGCUGAAAAUGGAAAGCCUAUAAAGGAGGCGCAUGGGGAAGUUCUUUAUUCAGCCCUUUUCUUGGAGUGGUUUUCCGAGGAAGCACGACGUAUUUAUGGAGAUGUCAUUUAUACCCCUGCACAGGACAGACGGGGCCUGGUCCUGAAGCAGCCUGUUGGGGUGGCUGCCAUCAUCACCCCAUGGAAUUUUCCCAGUGCUAUGAUUACCCGAAAGGUAGGAGCAGCUUUGGCAGCUGGUUGCACAGUGGUGGUGAAACCUGCAGAAGAUACACCUCUUUCUGCCCUGGCCCUUGGUGAGCUUGCCAACCAAGCAGGAAUUCCUGCAGGUGUCUAUAAUGUGGUUCCCUGCUCUCGUCAGAAGACCAAAGAGGUCGGGGAAGCUCUUUGCACUGAUCCGUUGGUAUCCAAAAUUUCUUUUACUGGCUCAACAGCAACAGGAAAGAUUCUGUUGCACUAUGCUGCUGACUCUGUGAAGAGGGUCUCCAUGGAGCUGGGGGGACAUGCCCCGUUUAUUGUGUUUGACAGUGCCAAUGUGGACCAGGCAGUGGCAGGGGCCCUGGCUUCCAAAUACAGGAAUUCUGGUCAGACUUGUGUUUGCUCAAAUCGUUUUUUGGUGCAAAAAGGGAUCCAUGAUUCCUUCGUGAAGAAAUUUGCCGAAGCCAUUGAGAGAGAGCUGCGAGUAGGUCAUGGAUUUGAGGAGAAAACCACCCAAGGUCCAUUGAUUAAUGAAAAAGCAGUGGAAAAAGUAGAGAAACAUGUGUCUGACGCAGUUUCCAAAGGAGCUACCAUCGUGACAGGAGGGAAGAGGCAUCGCUUUGGGAAGAAUUUUUUUGAGCCAACCCUACUUAGCAACGUCACCACAGACAUGCUGUGUUCUCAGGAAGAGACAUUUGGCCCCCUGGCACCGGUUAUUAAGUUUGAUACUGAGGAAGAGGCCCUCGCUAUUGCCAAUUCAGCGGAUGUGGGUUUAGCAGGUUAUUUUUACUCUCAAGAUCCAGCCCAGAUCUGGAGGGUUGCUGAGCAGCUGGAGGUUGGCAUGGUUGGAGUAAACGAGGGACUGUUGUCCACAGUGGAGUGCCCUUUUGGGGGGGUGAAGCAGUCUGGUCUUGGUCGAGAAGGUUCAAAGUACGGUAUCGAUGAAUAUCUGGAACUGAAGUAUGUGUGCUAUGGUGGUUUAUAGAAGUCCCCCAGUAUUCCGUAGCAAAGGGUAGAAAAUCCCUGUAUAGAUAUCGAGAAAUACCAUCUAAUAUAUUUUUAAUAAACUUCCAGAGUCCUCAUGAAUUGCCUAUAAAUGUGAAUUUUUAAAAACCUCCUCCAAUCCCACAUUAUUUUGUGCAUUAGCUGACAGCGUUCCUCAGAUACUUGAAUAGAACAAGAGGUGAAACCUGCAAGUGUCCUUCCUGCUUUGAGCUAGGCUGAGGUUGAGUUUCAGAUAGGGAUUUCCAACCUCAUCCUAGUGCUGCCACCUGCUUCUGAGAAUAAUUCAGCAAGAACUUUUCUCACACUGUGGUUAGGUGUGGGUGGUUAGUCCUGAAUGCACCAGAAUAACCCUAUCACAAGCCCAUUUCACCUCUAACAAGACUCCAUAGCAUGGCAGCAGUACUGCGGAUGCAGAGGAAAUGCCUUCUUGCACAUUCUGGCUGCCUGGGCAUUGCAACAGAGGUGCAAUCUGGCCUAUUUUAAAAAGCCAUUUGAAAUCGUACAGGCUGCCUGUGUUUCUUUGUGGACAGAAGGAACAUUUCCUUUCUUUUUCUCUGUCUCACUUCUUAAAAAUUCAAGUCUACAACUCGUGUUUACUGAAGGGGAAAAAGUGUGUAGGAUCUAUUUUGCCUCUUUUCCUUAUUUAGGAAAUAAACAGGAGAUUGCAGCAGAGAACUGUAGAGUUUGAAGGGGGAGUCCAGCCUGGAAGUCAGGAGACCUAGACUUGGGCAUCUAAACUAUUAAUGUACAAUUUUGGCAAACCAUCAUGUUUCUAGCCUUCAGUCAUUCCCAUCAGCAAGAUGGUCACGUACAAGCCCCUUCCUUCCUGGGGAUGUCGUUAAAUUAAAACUCUCUACACAUAUUCAUAGAGAGAAAUACAUGCUUUGGAAAAAUGAGAGUGCUAUUUAAGUACAAAUUGUCAUUAUUAUUUGUUCAUAGCCCUCUGUGGUUUGCAAAUGGCUUUCCAUACAAGGAGCCUAAGAUAGGUGCCGCCAUAUUGUCAUCUACAUUUUACAGAUGAGGAAACUGAGGCUUAGAGCAUUUUAUAUGUGACUGUAGAUUCCCUAACAUAUGACCCAGUGCUCACCCCACUCCUUGUGGCUAAUUUUCUUCUGUUUUGAUCUUCUUAUUGUUCUGGCUAUUAUCAUUAACUCUGCCUUUGGCACUUAAAUGCACAAAUGGGGCAAGCCCACAGAAGAAAUUAACACAAGAUACUUGCGCAUUCACAACAUUCUGGCCAACCCCACUGUGUGUCCAAGAGGAUUGCCUGUGGUGGUCACCUAUAACAAUGAUGUCAAACUCUACUAGAAACAGGGGGCCAACUAAAUCAUACAAGAUCAUUUAGUAACAUCUAUAUUCGAUUCUAUUUUUAUUUUUUAAUUCAUUUAAUCUUUUCAUUAAUUUUUAAAUUUUUAAAUUAAUUUUGUUUUGUUACUUUCCAAUUACAUUUUCUUUAAAACCUCACAAUCUAUCUUCAAAUCGGUACUGUGUUUUGGUUUCAAGACAAAAGAACAAGCAGUAAGGGCUAGGCAAUUGGAGUUAAAUGACUUGACCCGGCUCACACACUAAGAAGUGCAAGGCCCUCUCUGAAUUCAGGACCUCCUGUCUUCAGGCCUGGCUCUCUUCUGAGCCACCUAGCUGGCCCCCCAUUUACCUUUUAAUCCUUGUUGGACAUAUGGCUUGCAGUCAAACCUGCAAGGGUUUGACACCUCUGAUCUUCCAGCCCUUUCUCCUAGCCUGCCUUAGAGGCAAUUGUUUACCUGUUUUCCUCAAAAACAGAAAGUCAUAAUAAACUUGAAAAAAAGAAAAGCAGGAUGAUGUGGUGAGAAGAAUACUGGAUUUGGGAUCUGAAUCUGAGUUUAAGUCUUACUUCUUGUAAUAAUUAAAUUAUAUCUCUAAUAAUAAAAAUAUUCUAUUUUAUGAGGUUUAUUAAGGAUCAUUAGAAAUCAAGGAAUAAAGAAGAUACAAAAUAAAACCCACGUGCCUAUGGCUGAUUAGCCCAUUUGAAAUCCCGGCACUUAGCUUACCACUGUACUUGCUGCAUCAUUUGCAAAGGAAGAACCUGUGGGAGGCGUUACUGCCAGUUAAAUACCAAUUGUGAUCUCAGUUAAAUACCAAUUGUGAUCUCCCCAACAUGGAGACCCGGGAGAGAUUAUAGGGAAUUAUGGGAAAUACCAAGGACUUCUGGGGAUUGAAGUCUAGGGUUCAAAAUCUCCAUUUAUACACUGAGGCAUUUGAGCUUGAGCAAAUAAUUUCUUCACGGUCUCUGGGUUCUAGCACCUGCAAAGUGAGGAGUGGGCUAGAGCAGCCUUGCAGGUCCCUGUCAGUUUUAAAUACUAGAAACUGAGAACCUAUGCAAGUUUUCCAUCAUUUGUCAUCUCUGCUGUGGAGAACAUAUACCCGAAGGCUUUAUACCUCAUCACAGAAUCUGGUUGUUGAAUUAACUUAGAAGUUUGGUGAACUUUGGUGCAUCACCUAAUUUAUAAAGGGCCAUCAGAUUAAACUGAAUUGAGAACAUGGCUUGUUCCUUGAUAAGAGCCAUGGGGCAUACUUAUUUCUGUUUCUUAUAGGUCUUUGCAAACGGAUAAUUGGACAUCCAUCACUACAUAGAAGGUGAUGAAAUGUUAGUCUUUCUCCUAAUCUCUUUGUCCACAAAAUCCCCAUGACAUCUGGGUAGAGAGGAGAUGGGGGUGGGGGAGGGGGGGGCAGCCAGGUAGCAUAGUGGAGAGAGAGCCAGUCCUAGAGGACCCAGGUUCAGAUUUGGCCUCAGGCAUUGACAUGUUACUUAACCUCAAGUUCCUAGCCCUUGCCACUCUUCUGUCUUAAAAUUUACUAAGGAGGGCAGCUAGGUGGCUCAGGGCAUUGAUAGCCAGGCCCAGAGACGAGAGGUCCUGAGUUCAAACCUGUGGGCAAAACACCUAACCCUGAUUGUUUUGCCCUUGCCUCUCUUUUGUCUUAGAAUUGCUGCUAAUACAGGAGGUAAUGCUUUAAAAAAAAAGUGAGAAAUGGGAAUGAAGUGGAAAUUAAAUACACAGCUCCUAAGUGGGGCUUAGAUAAUCCUGAGCUUGUGGUAGAACUUUAUUUCUGAGCCCCAUUUAAUGCUUAGUUCCUUAUUCUUUCUCCUUAGUCCUCACUCCAAAGUGGGAAUUUAAAUUCUUUUUACCAGGCAUUGGAAGGUUCGGAAAAAUCUUCAUAUUAACAUUAAUAAGAGCUCUUCUUGGAGAUGUUUUGUAUUUGGCCCCAUGCCCUAGCCAUACAGAUUAUAUUCCCAAGCCCCAAAAAGCAAAAAAUAAUCGUUUAACUUCAGAAUGAUUCGCUGAGAACUUCUACUAGUAGCACUGCGUAGAGCUCUGUAAAAUGAUGUCUGCCCAGAUUCUUGAUAACUAUUCUGUUUGAAACACUUUGGGGGGAACCCAAGGUCAUGAUUGCCACUGUAUAAAACACAACAGAAUGAAAAAUAUGUUCUUAUUUUUUAGAAAUCUAGAAUCCUGAGGUUUGAAGCAUUUAGAAAAGUAUUCAAUGCCUUUGUAAUUUUAUCAUACAAUGGCCCCCUUGGGGUUCAAUGAAGUAUAUAAAUUUGAGACCACAGCCCCCAUAACCACAUCACUAAUUAAAUUUUACAUGUUAAUGAGAAAAAAGGAACAACUAAUUAUUCAUUAAGAUGUUAUAUGGGAAUAUUUCAGUUUCACUUGAUCGUACUUGUUACUAGGGAGGGGUAUGAGAAGGGAUAGUAGAAAAGAGAAAAGCAACAAUAAAAUAUUUAAAUAGGAAAAGAGAUAGGAUGGCGGGGUGGGAGGGAGGAGGAUUUGCUUUCAGUGAACCAUUUUUUACCCAUAAGAUUGGUGACUUGCCUGGUAGAUGAAUCAUUUUUUAUGUUCUUCAACGUCAUUAUGCAGAAGUACAGCAUUUGGGCUGAGAAAAUGGUUUUUUCCUUACUCAUUUACCCAGUAAUGAUCAAUCCCAGACUCAAAGAGCCCUUACUUUGGGUAGAUGACACUUGCUAGGCUACCUUGAGGUUCCCAACCAUUGCCACACACCAAAAAUGAAAUUACCUAAAGAUUAAAGGCCAUUGGCCUGGAAAAAAUGUUCCUGUUUGCUCCUAGCUAUGUGCAACAGAGUCAAUUUACUGCUGACAUUUUCUUCAGAUCACACUUGUUUUUUAAGUGUGAUUAUAGCUGGCUUUUUGGAAAGAUGUUUUUAGGUGAAAGUACUUUUCUUUUUCAAAGUUUAUUUUGGUGGAAAGAGCCAGGGAGAAUAAAGUUCAAAAGCCCAAUGUAACCUGAUCUAUUGUUCUGCUCUCAUUGUUGUGUUUAAAAACUUGCCAGAUGACCUCUCCUAGGGCGGGUCCCAGUGUUUUAAUAAUUCAUAUGCAGCUAAUUUUUAGAUUAUUAACUGAAGAAUUUUCCUAGUGUGAUUUUUAAUGUUACACUUUGUGAAUAGCAUCAUUAAGCAAGUACGUAACAGGAAAUGUUCUUAAAAUGUAUUUUGGACUGUGUACACACAAACUCAUUGAUGUGACUUCUCAUUUCUGUUCUCUGUGUGUGUUAUAUGAGUGACUGUACCAGUGUCUGCUUUCCAGAGAAAUGGAUUUGUGAAUAUAGUUAAUAAACAUUCAGUUUUAACAAUA